AUGGAAAAAUCUAAAAACUUCCGAAUCGACGCACUCCUGGCCGUCGAUCUUCCCAAACUACCGGCUUGCUCGCCUCUUGUCACCUCGCCCGCCUCCUCCACAGCCAGCCCGCCAGAGCUCGACCAGCUCCCGGUCACCUCGGACUGCCUGAGGUCCGACAGCCCGAGCCCUCCGCGCUUUAGCCUCGGCAACCUGAUGCCGAAGCCCAGCUUCCUGAGUGUGCACCAGCAUUCCGGGAUGACGGGCCUCCACCCUCACGGGGCCAUCCCGGCCUCGGCUCUCUACGGUCACCCGGUUUACACAUACUCGGCACUGAGCGGUCAAUCCAACGCCCUGCCUUACUCUUACCCGCAACUCGCGGCCAGCCACCACUCCGAACCCGUCAAAGUAACAGCCGGCACUUUCCAGAUCGACCAGUGGUUGCGAGCGUCCACAGCGGGAAUGAUGUUACCCAAGAUGCCUGAUUUUAACGCACAAACACAAAGCAGCAUGUUGGGGAAAUGCCGUAGGCCUCGAACCGCGUUCACCAGUCAGCAGCUCCUGGAGCUGGAACAACAGUUCAAGCUGAACAAAUACCUCUCCCGUCCCAAAAGGUUUGAAGUGGCCACCUCUUUGAUGCUGACAGAAACCCAGGUUAAAAUCUGGUUUCAGAACAGACGGAUGAAGUGGAAACGCAGUAAAAAAGCGAAGGAGCAGGCCGCGCAGGACGCUGUGAAACAGAAAGGGAAGAGCACUGAGAGUAAAUCGGACGAUUAUCAGAGCAAGGCCGGCCUUACCAAAAGCGACCAGAACAAACCGUCCCGGUUGCGAGACUUUCCAGAGAGUGACGAGGACGGGGACAGUUUGACGUGUCACUCGUCACAGUGCUCCUCAGAGGAGGAAGGUGAGCUGGACCAGCCGCACAAGGAGCCGCCUGUCACCGUCAAAUAG